AUGGAAACUGUAGAAAUGAAUAGUGUAUCCUUGAAACGUCCUCACUCUGAGGAUGAUGUGACUAAUGCAGAUGAAAUUAAAAGACAGAAGAUCUCAGAGAAGUCUGAGACAGGGAACGACUCUGGGCAGAGCGUUGAGACUGUAACAGGACAACCUGACAAAUCUCUGCUUGAGGACACGAAAAAUGAAAUAAUCCCCAAUGAGGAAAGUGAGGAGCAGGAAGAUGAGGAACUAGAGGACAGUGAUGAAGAUGGAGAUCCAGAGAGCUUUGCAGACAUGAUGAAGCAUGGACUGACAGAAAGUGACGUUGGCAUAACUAAAUUUGUUAGCUCUCAUAAAGGGUUUUCUGGAAUCUUAAAAGAGAGAUAUUCAGACUUUGUUGUCCAUGAAAUAGGCAAAGAUGGACGUGUGAGCCAUUUAGAUGACUUUUCUGUUCCAGUGGAUGAUGAGGUAAAUUUUGAGGACCCAUCAGAAGAAACAUUUACAGUUUUGUCAGAUGAAGACAAGCAGCGUUUAGAGGAGCUCCAGCUUCUUAAGAAUAAGGAAACGAGUGUGGCCAUAGAGGUAAUUGAAGACACCAAAGAAAAAAGAACAGUUAUCCAUCAGGCUGUGAAGUCCUUGUUUCCUGGACUGGAGACUAAAACAGAAGAUCGAGAUGGAAAAAAAUACAUUAUUGCUUAUCAUGCUGCUGGGAAAAAAGCACUGGCAAAUCCAAGAAAACACUCUUGGCCAAAAUCUAGGGGAAGCUACUGCCACUUUGUACUGUACAAGGAGAACAAGGAUACUAUGGAUGCCAUUAAUGUCCUAUCCAAAUUUUUAAGAGUGAAGCCAAACAUAUUUUCCUACAUGGGAACUAAAGAUAAAAGGGCUAUAACAGUUCAAGAGAUCGCUGUUCUUAGAAUCACUGCACAAAGACUUGCUCAUUUGAAUAAAUGUUUGAUGAACUUCAAAUUAGGAAAUUUCAGUUACAAGAACCAUCCACUGAAAUUAGGAGAACUGCAAGGGAACCAUUUCACUGUUGUUCUCAGAAACAUAACAGGAACUGAUGACCAGAUAGAGCAAGCAAUGCACUCUCUCAGGGAAAUUGGAUUCAUUAAUUACUAUGGAAUGCAAAGAUUUGGAACCACAGCUGUUCCUACAUAUCAAAUUGGCAGAGCUAUUCUACAGAACAAUUGGAAUGAAGUAAUGGAUUUGAUAUUAAAACCACGACCAGGAGCUGAAAAGGGAUACUUGGUAAAAUGCAGAGAAGAAUGGGCAAAGACUAAAGAUCCAGCAGCAGCCCUCAAGAAACUACCCGUAAAAAGGUGCGUGGAAGGACAGCUUCUACGUGGACUCUUAAAGUAUGGAAUGAAGAACAUAAUCUCUGCAUUUGGCAUAAUACCAAGAAAUAAUCGUUUAAUGUAUAUUCAUAGCUACCAGAGUUAUGUGUGGAAUAAUAUGGUGAGCAAGAGAAUAGAAGAAUACGGGCUUAGAGCUGUACCAGGAGAUCUCACACUUAAAGGAGCCACAGCUGUUCAUAUCGAAGAAGGAGAUGUUGAUAACUACACUAUCCAUGAUGUAGUGAUGCCGUUACCUGGAUUUGAUGUUAUUUAUCCAAAGCACAAAAUUGGUGAGGCCUACAAGGAAAUGCUAGUAGCUGACAAUCUUGAUAUCAACAACAUGAGGCAUAAAAUCAGAGAUUAUUCACUUUCUGGAGCCUACAGAAAGAUUAUCAUUCGACCUCAGAAUGUCAACUGGGAGGUUGUUGCAUAUGAUGAUCCCAGAAUCCCGUUAUUUACUACGGAUUUGGAUAAGCUGGAAGGAAAACCAUUACCAGUUCUUCCUACAGAUGGUAAAUUCAGGGCACUAAAGAUGGAGUUCUCCCUUCCCCCAUCCACUUAUGCUACCAUGGCGAUUCGAGAAGUUUUGAAAAUGGACACAAGCAUAAAAAACCAGACACAACUGAAUACUACCUGGUUACGCUGAGUAAACUGCAAAAAAGACUUAGAUUUUAACAUAUAUAAAGUGUUUUCCUAUUUACAUGUUCUGUACAAAUCUUUAAAGAUUGGUAGUAAGAGAUUUGUAUUUUUUUAAGUUUUUAUUAGUGCUAGCAUUUAACUUCAGUAGUCAUUUGCAAGAUGAUGGCUGUAUUAUAGAACUUAGUGACUGGUGCUUUUUAAUGAAUGAGUUACUUGAGCUGUAACAUGGGUGCAUCUUUAAGAAACAGGCUUAUA